AUGGCGACCGGCUUUCGGCCUCCUCUUUGGAAGGCCACGGAUGUGCUGGACGAGAUCCCAGGCACUGGGAGACUGCACCACACCUCCUCUGAUGAGGAGGACAAGCUGCCCUCUACCAAAGGCAACAUUAAGGCACUACUCCGCAACAUACGCCAGAUAUUUGCUGCGGACAUAGCUACAGUACGGGAAGAAAUAAACACAGUGGAG